AGUUACAUUCAGUUACAUUGUAAUGUUCGAUAUUUAUUGAAAUGAGUUUUUUGAAUGUUUAUCAUCGUUUGUCAUACAUUUUAAUACAUAUGAGUUUUAGAUAAAUAGUUUUAAUAUAUUAAGGUAACGGAUUUUAGUCACACGUGCACCACAAUAGAUGCGUUUCGUUUAUUAAGCGGUGCAAGCUUCGCUUUCCGUAGACGAUCAGGUUGUUACUUCCUAAGAUGGCUGAUUCGAGUGAUUUGGAUCGGCAAAUAGAACAGCUAAAGAAAUGUGAGAUUAUCAAAGAAGCUGAAGUUAAAGCUCUUUGUGCAAAAGCACGUGAAAUUCUUAUUGAAGAAAGUAACGUGCAAAGAGUUGACUCACCGGUUACUGUGUGUGGAGAUAUUCAUGGACAAUUCUAUGACUUAAAAGAACUGUUUAAAGUUGGCGGAGAUGUUCCAGAAACAAAUUACCUGUUCAUGGGAGAUUUUGUUGAUAGAGGAUUUUAUAGUGUUGAAACAUUCCUUCUUCUCUUGGCAUUAAAAGUUCGUUACCCUGAUAGGAUUACAUUAAUAAGAGGAAAUCAUGAAUCCAGACAAAUUACACAAGUUUAUGGUUUUUACGACGAAUGCCUUCGAAAAUAUGGCAGUAUUACAGUUUGGCGAUAUUGUACGGAAAUAUUCGAUUAUUUGUCCCUUUCUGCUAUAAUCGAUGGGAAAAUAUUUUGUGUUCAUGGUGGAUUGUCUCCAAGCAUUCAAACACUUGAUCAAAUAAGAACGAUAGAUAGAAAACAAGAAGUACCACACGAUGGCCCAAUGUGUGAUUUACUUUGGUCGGAUCCUGAAGAUACUCAAGGUUGGGGAGUUUCGCCACGCGGAGCAGGCUACCUUUUUGGAAGCGAUGUCGUAGCACAGUUCAAUUCUGCAAAUGAUAUUGACAUGAUAUGUAGAGCGCAUCAAUUAGUUAUGGAAGGAUAUAAAUGGCAUUUUAACGAGACUGUUUUGACUGUUUGGUCAGCACCUAAUUAUUGCUAUAGAUGUGGCAACGUUGCUGCAAUAUUAGAAUUAAACGAACAUCUUCAACGGGAAUUCACAAUAUUUGAAGCAGCACCACAAGAAAGUCGAGGAAUACCUAGCAAAAAGCCUCAGGCUGAUUACUUUUUAUAAAAUAAAUUUAAUUAAAAACGACUG